AUGGCGCGCACCCGCGGGCUCGGGUCCCCCCGCGUUCGAGUCCUCGUCGCGGCGUUGGUAUCGAUCUCGACGUUCGCAUCGCCCGUCGCGCCCGCGUCGCCGCCCCGACCCACCUCCCUCAGACUGCCGACGUUUCUCGGGUCCAACGCGGUGCUCCAGAGGGCACCCGCCCGCGCCGCGGUGUGGGGCUGGGCCGCGCCCGGCGCGCUCGUCACCGUGGAGCUGACGAAGGAGCCGGCGGAGGAUGGGGGCGUCGAGUCGGACGGCGAGAGCGCCAUCGCCAACACCUCCGCGUCGGCGGGCACCGGGGAGUGGAUCGUCCGCCUCCCGCCCCAGCCCGCCUCGCACGGCCCCUUCACCCUCCGCAUCCUCGCGCGGAGCGGCGACGACGAUGCCGGGUCCGACGUCGCGGUCGAGUCCGCCGUCGUCGCCGAUCUCGCCUUCGGCGACGUCUGGCUGUGCGCGGGCCAGUCCAACAUGCAGUUCACCGUCGCCGCCUCGUUCGACGCGGCGGCGCACAUCGCGGAGUCGGCGACGGUCGGGGACGGGAUCCGAAUCGCCACGGUGGCGAUGACCGCGGCGGACGUCGAGAGACACGACGUGGCAGCCGCCACAGCCGGAGACGCCGCGUACGAAAAAUCCGCGUGGGCCAAGGCUAAGCCCAACGCGUUCAACCCACCGGCCACGCCCGAUCCGACGGCGCCGUAUGGCGGGUGGAGCGACAUGGGCUGGUUCUCCGCGGCGUGCUGGUUCCACGGCCUGGAGCUGUACGAGCGAUCGUUCAGGGAGGUUCCCGUCGGGUUAAUCGUCGCGGCGUGGGGCGGGCAGGCCAUCGAGCCGUUCUCGUCGAAGGAGGCGCUGGCGGACGAGACGUGCGGGGGAACGAGAGGCCCGUCGGGUACCCCAGGGUUUGGGCCGGGUGUUAACGCGCGGCGGCGCGAGACGUCGUCGAUCGUUCGACCCGAGGAACGUCCGGGCGAACCGUACCGCCGAAUCGCUGAUACCCACCCCGACGAAGAAAGUCCGCCGGUUUUCCCCGUGUUUGGACCGAGCGCGCUGUGGAACGGGAUGAUCGCGCCGCUUCUCAACACGCGCCUCAAGGGCGUGGCGUGGUACCAGGGCGAGGCGAACUGGGCGACACCCGAGUCGUACGCGUGUCGAUUCCCGGCGAUGAUCGCGGACUGGCGCGCGCGGUUCGCAUCCCCGAGGAUGCCCUUCGUCUUCGUCCAGCUCGCCGCGUACCCGAAACGCGACUACUCUCAUCUUCGAGGCGCGCAAACCUUCUUAACGUCGACGAUGGAAGCCGUCGCGUACGCCGUGGCGGCGGAUCUGGGGGACCCGCUGAGUCCGUGGGACUGCGUGCACCCGCGUCGUAAGCGCGAGGUGGGACGGAGGCUCGCGCUCGCGGCGCGCGGGAUCGAGCGGGGCGGCCGGAUCCGCGGACCCGAGUUUAUCCCCGAGGCGCCGGCGUUGUUAAAAGGUGACGUUUCGAAUGACGGCGCUGAUGAAGGGUCGAUACGGGCGACGUUUCGGUUAACGCGCGGCGCCGACUCCCCACUCGCGUCGCUCGUGUGGGCGGGCACCGCGGGGUGCAAUCUAACCGGCACCGCGAGGUGCUGCGGCGAGGCGCCGAUCGAGAUCGCGCUGGACCCGCCGCCGCUGCCUCGGUUCGACCCGCCAGCCGUCGGCGCGAUGCUCGGCGUACCGGACACGUCGAGAGCUACUGCGAAGGGUAACGCGAUGCUCGGUGUUUCGAAAGGUGGUGCCUCAAUCUUGAAAGGUGAUUCCGUCCUUCGCGACGCCACAGCGAGGGACGCGAGAAUCGCGUGCGCUCGACUCGGGCCGAACAUCUGCGCCGGGUUUGUAGCGCUUUGGAACACUUUGGAAAAAGGACCGAUGCCCGACGACGUCGUCUUGGACGCCGUUCACCUCGUACCGAGACCGGAGCCCGGGCGAAUCGCGGCGGAGUGGAACCCCGACGUUUCGUGGACGUCGGUGGCGUUCAGGGGUUCGGACGAUCCGUGGGUGCGGGCGACGGCUUUCGAGGCGUCGGACUUGGGGUUGAACGGGUCGAACGGGUCGAACGGGUUCAACGGCGACGAGAGCGGGUGGAUCGCGACGGCGGAGUUGGCGGACGCCUCGUUGGUCUCGGCGGAGACGGUGGUACGAGGCGCGAGGUACGCGUGGGAGCGAUAUCCGCAGUGCAUGCUGUACGACGGGGACCCCGAGGGUGAGGAGCGGGGCGUGGCGGCGGCUCCGUUUUGCUUCGACCUCGCGAGGAACGCGCCGUGCGCGCCGACGAACCCGAGGAACCCGUGAGCCCGAGUGGAUACGUCGAAAGCCGUAAUAGUCCGUCUUGAUUCACGACAACGCAACCG